GUGAUCAACAAAGGCGACUUGGACAAGCGCUAUUUAUACUUACACCGAGAACUGAUGAAGGUCGAGUACAAGGGAUGGGCGACUGACCCGAUUUGUGACGUGAGCGGGUUUGACGGGACCGUGUUGGAGGACUUGAUCAACUCUGCAUUGGGGAUCAGGGUGGCGAGUAAUUUCACUGCGAAGGUGGAGCUGGGGUUCGAGUCGAACGAUCAGUGAGUAAGGAAGAACGGGGCGGCGAGGGUGUUCCGGGUUCGCGAUUACAUGCUUGCGGAGAGUUUGUGCGCGUUUCAGCUUGUGGGCGGCCCCCUCACGCCACCGCCCGCUUCCUCUCUGCGCGGGUAGCCGCAGCAACCCGCGUCGUAGCAAUUCCUGCUAAUGUAGACCUCUAUCACGCAGUGCUUCCCCCUCCUGACCAGACGCUCAACUCCCCAAUCGGUUCGCUCCCGCUUGCUACCUUUGCACGAGUGUCACACGGCGCUCUCCGGUACUGGUAACGCCAUCGCGAUUGUAUAGCGCUGUCCCUCGCCGACGCCGCGCUUCCGCGUCGUCCCGCCCGCCAUUCCCCGCAGCCCCUCCCGCCGUCUCCCUCGCCGUCUCACCGCGCAAAAUAUCAACGGCGCUGUCACGCGGGGUACAAUUUACACAGUGGCACCCGACUCUACCGCGAGCGCGACGGAACGGCUCGCCAGCGUCACGUUCUACAAGGUGCUAUCUCCCCACUUGCAGCGCGUGAGGAGCCUGUCGCGUGACUCCUGCGCAAACUCUGCGAGACACGUCCUGAGCUCUUGCAAGGGGUCCGCGCCUGCGACACGCGGCUCUCCCGUAGGGAGGGUGCGCGCGAGCGGGUCGGCGAGCUCGUCGCUCCACCCGGUCUCCCGCUGCGCCAUGGCCCGCUUGCGGAUCGCGUCGAACACGGCCAUCUUCUCAUCCUCGCUCAUCUCCUGCGGCACCUCGGCUCGGUCGCCGUCGCCGCCGGCGCCGGGAGAUUGGACGAUUGGUCGAAGGCCUGAGUCCUCGCUGAAUGCAACUCCGUUGGCCGCGGAGAGCUCCUUCUCCAGACGCUCAAUUUCGUACUUGAGCGCCUCCGCGGACGGUUGACCUCCUCCCUGCCCGCCCUCCCCCACUACCAAGUCGUCAACCUCCCCAGUCGCAGCACCAGUUCCAGUCAACUCUCUCAGCUUUCUUGCCACAGCCUCAGCUUCGGCAUCAAGCUGUGCAAUGUCAAGUUCCGUUUCAGAAGGCGGCGAAGAAUUUGGAUCCGCAGCGUUCGCCCCAUGCACAUUGGCGUGAUCUUUCGCCAGGGCAGCCAUGUACGCCUCGCCCGCGUUCAGUCCCGUGGACGUGAAGUCCCCGUCGGGGACAUGCGAGCUAGUGCCCGUCUUCAAGCUGUUGAUGUAGGCGUCCGCGGGUCGGAGCCCGCUCGUCCCUUCGAGGGAGCUCAGGUCUGGCGCGGUCCUCUUCAGGCUGUUCAUGUAAUCGUCCGUGGACAGGCGUCCGCUCUGCUUGUUGGCGGCCCUGCGGACGUGGUCCAGCCUGUGGGCGAUGUGGGUCAUGCGGGCCAUAAAGUCGUCGCCGUUCCGGGCGCCGUCCAAGUACUCUUUGUCCUCCUCCGUCAGGUCCGGCAUCUGCAUGCCCAUCACGGGGCCGGGGUCGCCGAGUGUGGCGUCGUCGUCCUCGUAGAAAGAUGGAUCUAUCGGGUCCACAGACGUCAUCCCCACACCCCCCAAACGCGAGCGAGGUGGAUAGAGGGGAGAGGCUCGCCGUAG